AUGGGACUCGAUGACCUGGGAGCUCUUUUCCGGCCCGAAAGAUUUUGUGAUUCCGCGUCGUCGCUGCAACCGGUGAUCAAGGGGAAGCCCCAAUUACCCGUGAGAUGGAUAUCGCCUGUGGGGCGCAGGACAACCCCCCCUCCGAGAGCGCUGAGCUUUGUUCCUCUGCCGAGCUACAAACGGGUCCCUGCUGCCAAACUGUCCGCUGGGGGCUUGGAGAGACCGACCCCUGGAACCAAAGCCGUCCCCGGAGCCAUGUCCUACUGCGGAGAGCUGUGCCUGCCCUGCGGCAGCCCCUGCGAGCUGCCCUGCCCUCAGCCCUUGGCCAACGCCUGCAACGAGCUCUGUGUCACCUCCUGCGACGACUCCAAGGCCGUCAUUUACCCCCCGCCCGUGGUCCUGACCUUCCCCGGGCCCAUCCUGAGCUCCUGCCCCCAGGAAAGCGUCGUGGGCAGCUGCAGCCCCCCGGGCAUCCCCCCGGGCAUCGCCCGCUCCUUGGGCUCCGGGGGCUCCCUGGGUUCCCGGGGGUACGGAAAUCCCGCGGGUUUGAGGGGCUCCAUCCUCUUUGGGGGUUCCAGUGGCUACGGGGGGGUGUGUAACUCCAGCAGGUCCUACAAUUCCGGCUGCUCGGCCGUGGGAAGGGGUAGCUGCAGCCCGUUCCUCCCCCGCCAGUACAGCACCGGCAGCCGGGGGAGUUGCGGUCCCUGCUAAAGGAUUCCCGGGAGCUUCGGGGCAAGAAAACCUCGGAUACGGAGCUGGAAUUCUCGGGCAGCGCUGAGGAAAGCAGAAAUUCCUGUAGGAAAUGCAGCAGCUUUGUGAUUUGAAGGGUCCUGA